AUGGAUGGAGUGGAAGAACCUAAUAGCUUCCCCAAUAAGAGCUGUGUUGCUCUAAAGUGCGAUAGGACCCACGCUGCAAAGUGUGAUACACCGUCCAUAAAUAUAGGUCUAUGUGGAAACGAUGUUCCAACGACACAAAGUACUUACUCAUCUGAAGCAACGCCAUGUGUAAAGACCACGACACAAAGCACACACUCAGCUGUAGUGACGUCAGAUGUCAAGACCACGACACAAAGCAUACACUCAGAUGUAGUGACGUCAGAUGUCAAGACCACGACACAAAGCACAAACUCGACUGAAGUGACGUCAGAUGUCAGGACCACGACACAGAGCACACAUUUGGCUGAAGUGACGUCAGAUGUCAAGACCAUGACACAAAGCACACGCUCAGCUGUAGUGACGUCAGAUCUCAAGACCACGACACAAAGCACACACUCGGCUGAAGUGACGUCAGAUGUCAAAACCACGACACAAAGCACACACUCGGCUGAAGUGAAUUCAGAUGUCAGGACCACGACACAAAGCACACCCACAGCUGGAGCAAUUGCUGUUGUCCCGACGAUGUCUACCAAUGUUGUGCCCACAGCUUACAAUAACACUCUGGUUGAUGGUAUCUGUGAAGAGUGUUGUGUCAAAAACAAUAAGAGCAACCAACUCAGCCAUGAAGAGUUGAAAAGUGUCAUAAAAGAAUUGAAAUCUCAGCUGGCUGUAAACAAAAACAACUUGUCAACAAACCGCCGGAAACUCAUCAGUGUUUACGACUCUCGGCCAAGCAGUGUCGCCAUGGGAGGUGUGGCUAUAGCCAUUAUGAUUGUAAUCCCCGGUAUCAUCGUUAUCCCAGACAUGGUCAACCUUGGCAGGUUCUUCUACAGACGGCAAAAUAAACUCUUAAUCUAG